CCGUCGCGCUGCGUGACGUCACCUGUCAACAUCAUCAGGCAGCGCCAAAGGCCUUCAGACGCGCGAUGCUUGCCCUCAAAAAGCAAAUAAGAUUCAGCUCGUUCGGCAUCGCCACGGCCGGCCUGCUUUCUUCUGCUCCCACCGAGAACCCCGUCGUGUUUCUGGACCUCCAAGCGGACGGAGAACCGCUGGGGAGAAUAACCAUCCAGCUCAAUGCAGAUGUUGUGCCCAAGACUGCAGAGAACUUCCGAGCAUUGUGUACAGGCGAACAUGGCUUCGGCUACAAGGGCUCAGUGUUCCACAGGAUUGUGCCAGACUUCAUGUGCCAGGGAGGAGACUUCAUCAAACGUAACGGCACUGGAGGGAAAUCCAUCUACGGGAAAACCUUCAAGGAUGAAAACUUUAAACUAAAGCACACAGGAGCAGGGACUGUCUCCAUGGCCAACACAGGACCAAACACCAACGGCUCUCAGUUCUUUAUCUGCACCACCAAAACCGAUUGGCUGGACGGCAGACACGUGGUGUUUGGUCAGGUGACGGCCGGCAUGGACGUGGUCACUAAAAUGGAGUCCUUCGGUUUGCACGACGGCGGCGUGAUGAAGGAAAUCGCCGGGUUGGACUGCGGCCAGUUGAAAUAGUCAGUAAUACAUCCUCUUGUGUCAGCUUGUUUCUACCUUCGUCCUCCGCCUUGUCAACGUCCUGCUUUUUAUUUUCCAAAUAUUCAUCUUGUGCACAUUCCUGGCCGUUUCCUGCCAAAUAAACGGCGCGUGUUCCCGCUCUCGCUGCAAGGACAGUUGGCCCGCGAACCCCCCGCUGCUUUUUCCAAAACCUUCCUGGAAACCAUGCGGGCUUUUUUUAGACGCCACCACUUCCUGUCCGGUUCGACGCAGGAAGUGACAUCGGGCGACUCGCCACUCCUGGCCUGUACGCGCCCGGAGCAUGCUGACAAUGUCUCCGAGCGUGCACGACUGGCGUGUGGACGUUGUGGACGUGAAUGACGGCAAAUAAGGAACAUCUGCCCCACCGCCGUCGUUUGUUAGAGUUCUCACAUUACACGGUUGCUAUGGCGACGUCCCCUACAGCUGGCGAUGUUGUAACAAACUUGAUUGAAUAUGAGGACCACCACGCCGCCACCCUGGAGGUUUGACAUAGGGCGGAAUGCACGGGAACUGGCCCGGGAUCCGCGGCAGCACACACAACAAUGACAUGUUAACAAGCGCGAGGAGCAGCUCGUAAAUGUCCGCUUUAAUCACACAUGUCAUCUUCAAGGCUGGAGUUCGUUUAUAAUUUAACACUUUCACACCCGUGAAGAAUAACACUUUUAAACGUCUCUGUCUGUGUUUAGAAGCCGCUCCAUUUUUGCACAGAACAAGGACCACAUUUUUAUGACUGCUGCGCACUGCAAAAAGUGAAUUCUAAGUAAGAUGAAAUAUCUCAAAUAAGGGUAAUAUUUGCUUACUUUUGUCUGAUAAGAUCAUUAUUCUCACUAAGCAGAUUGUAUGUUACAGUGUUUUACUUGUUUAAGGGUUUUGGUCCUAAAUGAUCUCAGUAAGAUAGUGCAGCUUGUCGCUGAGAUUUUGUGACCUAUAUCAGUGGUCCCCAACCACCGGGCCGCAGAAAAAAAAUGUAUUAAAAAAAAAAAAAAAAAAAAUGUUUUUUAUUAUUUUUAUUUUUUUAUUAAAUCAACAUAAAAAAACACAAUAUACACUUACAAAUAGUGCACCAACCACAAAAAACUCAAUUUUUCAUGACAAAAACGUCCCUUUUUCAUGACAAAGAAGAAAAGAAAAAAAAAGGACACCCCCCCCCGGGCCGCGGGACAAAUUAUUAAGCGUUGACCGGUCCGCGGGCCUAUAUUGAGUCAAACAUGCUUGAAAGUAGAAUACCAACUGUUGCAAAGCUGUGUCAUCAACACUCACAAGUAUAAAACUGCUUUUUCUAAGUAAAAAUGUUCUUAUUUCAAGCACGAACAAAAAAAAAGCAUUACUUUGACACAAUUGUGUCUCAUAAUUUAAAACAGAUGACGGCCAAAUGGACUUUGCUGUUUUAUUUUCAAUGAAACAAUAGAUAAUACGUACUCCUAUAGUAGUACAGUUGGCACAGUACAGUAAAUAGACAGUUAAUAUUUAAACAUUUAACAUGUGACAUUUCAAACUAUUUUGAACAGUUCAUGCACAUUCAGGUAAACUAUUCAAAAUUACAACAAAAAAAGUAUAUAGUUUACCAUGUUUCCUUUUGUGGGUUCUUCCGAGGAUGUUGUAGUCGUAAUGAUUUGUGCAGUCCUUUGAGACAUUUGUGAUUUGGGGCUAUAUAAAUAAACGAUUGAUUGAUUGAUUGAAAUAUGUGUAAUAUGUAAUAUGUGCCUGCCUUGAAUAACUGCCGGGCAAAAGUCUCUCACCAAAUUAAUAAGCGCAUGUUUACUUUUACCGCCGGGUCAAAUUCAUGACGUCACAAAUGACUCUUCCCCUGCCGUUAUUUUCAAAAUGGUGGUGCAAUUAUUUUUUUGCUCUUACUGUGUUUAAACCGUGGGUCUUCUUCCACAGCCGUACAGAUCACACUAAUUGUUGUGGUAUAAAACAAUUUUAACACUCUUACUAAUAUGCGCCACACUCUGUGAACCCACACCAAAUAAGAAUAACAAACACAUUUUUGGAGAGUAUUGGCUCUGUGGCACAUUAUAAACGCAGCAUAGGGAUUACCCAUAAUGCCGUGUAUCCGUGACUCUUGGAUAUAAUAUACACGCGCCCCCAAACCCGACACCAAGAAUAGACAUUUGUAAGGCAAUUUAAAAUAAAUAAAGAAUAGUGAACAACAUGCUGAAUAAGUGUACGUUAUAUGAGGCAUAAAUAAGCAACUGCUAUGUUAACAUAACAUAUUAUGGUAAAAGUCAUUCAAAUAACUAUAACAUAUAGAACAUUCUAUACCUUUACUAAACAAUCUGUCACUCCUAAUCCAUAAAUCCCAUGAAAUCUUAGACGUCUAGUCUCUUAUGUCUGUGGUUCUCAACCUUUUUUCAGUGAUGUACCCCCGUGAACAUUUUUUAAUUCAAGUACCCCCUAAUCAGAGCAAAGCAUUUUUGGUUGAAAAAAAGAGAUAAAGAAGAAAAAUACAGCACUAUGUCAUCAGUUUCUGAUUUAUUAAAUUGUAUAACAGUGCAAAAUAUUGCUCAUUUGUAGUGGUCUUUCUUGAACUAUUUGGAAAAAAUAUAUAUAAAAAUAACUUAAAACUUGUUGAAAAAUAAACAAGUGAUUCAAUUAUGAAUAAAGAUUUCUACACAUAAUUAAAGUGCCCUCUUUGGGGAUUGUAAUAGAGAUCCAUCUGGAUUCAUCAACUUCAUUCUAAACAUUUCUUCACAGAAAAAAGAAAUCUUUAACAUCAAUAUUUAUGGAACAUGUCCACAAAAAAAUCUAGCGACCAAUGUUGUAAGCACAAUACCAAUGGGAGCAAUUAUUUAUGGAACAUGUCCACAAAAAAAUCUAGCGGCCAAUGUUGUAAGCACAAUACCAAUGGGAGCAAUUAUUUAAUGUCAAAUCAAAUCAAAUGUUUAUUGGAUUCAUCUCGAUACAGUGUACAUCCACGACUAAACUACUGACUAAACUACUAACAAGUGUGGAUUCAGGCCGGGUGGCCUAUUUCAAGUUCCAGGUAACCCUACAUUAUUAUAUUUUAUAAAUAGUAAACCAAGUUGUGUUAGUAGUUUAGUCGUGGAUGUACACUGUAUAGUGAUGAAUCCAAAAAACAUUUGAUUUGAUUUGAUUUGACAUUAAAUUUGCAAAAUGCGGUUGCGCAUUUUGCAAAUUGCUCCCAUUGGUAUGGUGCUUACAACACCAACACUGAAUAUUGCAUUGUUGCAGUUCUUUUCACAGUUGAUGAAUUUACAUUCAUAUUCCACAGCCGUGGAAUUAACAAAUUAUCAUGCCUAAUUUUGUUGUGAUGCCCCUGCUGGAUGCAUUAAACAAUUUAACAAGGUUUUCCAAAAUAAAUCCACUCAAGUUAUGGCAAAAAAAUGCCAACAUGGCACUGCCAUAUUUAUUAUUGAAGUCACAAAGUGCAUUUUUUUUUUUUAAAUGCCUCAAAACAGCAGCUUGAAAUUUGGGACAUGCUCUCCCUGUGAGAGCAUGGGGAGGUUGAGGUGGGCGGGCGGGCUUGGAGGUUUAGGGUUUUGGUAGGGGGUAGCAGGGGGUGUAUAUUGUAGCGUCCCGGAAGAGUUAGUGCUGCAAGGGUUUCUGGGUAUUUCUUCUGUUGUGUUAUGGUGGGGAUGUUCUCCCAAAAAUGUGUUUGUCAUUGUUGUUUGGUGUGGGUUCACCACAUUUGUAACAGUGUUAAAGUUGUUUAUACGGCCACCCUCGGUAUGGCUGUUGACCAAGUAUGACUUACAUUCACUUGUGUGUUUGUGAAAAGCCGUAGAUAUUUUGUGAUUGGGCCGGCACGCAAAGGCAGUGCCUUUAAGGCACACCCCCAAUAUUGUUGUCUGGGUGGAAAUCGGGAGAAAUUCAGAAGAAUGGUUGCCCCGGGAUAUUUUCGGAAGGGACACUAAAAUUCGGGAGUAUCUCCUGCGAAAAUUGGGAGGGUUGGCAAGUAUGACUGGGAGACGCCACUGCUCUGAACUUACAUUCAUAUUUUGUUGAAGUAUUAUUCAAUAAAUAUAUUUAUAAAGGA